AAUCUAUCUGCAGUCAUUCCAUUGAUGGCCAAAGAACGUGGUCUACCAAGCGCUAUCAAAGCUCAGAUAUUACUUUAUCCCGCGACAGCAGCUUCGCGCGACAAGUACGAAUCUGCAAAGCUUUUUGGCGGCGGCGACUACUAUUUGAAAAACGAAGACGCUAUAUUCUUUGAUAAGGCGUAUUGGAAUGACUGUGAGAAGACAAAGAUCGGAUUCCCAAUGUUGGCGACCACCGAGGAGCUUCAAGGACUCCCACCAGCUCUAAUUUUCACCGCAGAAGCAGACAUUUUGCGUGAUGAAGGUGAAGACUAUGCUCGUCGAUUGACCAAUGCUGGAGUACCUAAUGCCACUGUUCGGGUCAUUGGCGCAAUUCAUGGAUAUGCUACUGUUCCUGUUGAUACACCGGCGUAUAAACAAACCAUGGCCAUGAUUACCAAUCAACUGAGUGAAGCUUUUGAGAAAAAGUGAAGUACUAUUAUGCGAAUGUUUCUCUGAGCAAUGUAAUCGUCGGUGAUACUGUGUAAC